UCUGAGCAAGCAAUCAGAUUUCUGCUUCUAAACUGAGUGCGGAAUUUUCAAGCAUGAUGGUCAACUAGUCACAAAGCAGAAUCACGAAACAAAGUGAGCUGGAGAACAUGGAGAAUCGCCGACCUUGGAAUCGAAACGCUCCUCCUUCUCCGUCUAACUCUGCAUCUUUCUCCAGAUCACAGCGUCAAAACCGCAAAUCUAGGAACUACUCUGAAAGGAGAACUCCGUCCGCAGCUUCUGCCUCAAAUUCGGCUGUUGACUGGGACUUGAAUUCGGGGAAGCUUUCUGGAGAUGAGAAUGUGGAUGUUGAAGGGCCAUCCUAUUCCGGAUCGCUUGUUGGAACUUGUCCGUAUAUGUGCCCUGAAAGAGAGAGACUCCAGCGUGAGCAACUACGGGAUUUAGCUGUCUUUGAGAGGCUCAAUGGUAAUCAUGGAAAAUCAUCUCCUGACCUUGCAGUAAAGAAGUUUUGCAGAACCAUAUCCACGAAAAGUAUGCAACCAUCUGAUGUACGGCCACUCCCUGUAUUGGAAGACACUUUAAAUUACCUCCUGAACUUGUUAGAUUCUAACAAGCAUCCAUUUGAAGUGGUUCACGACUUUGUAUUUGAUAGGACAAGGUCGGUAAGACAAGAUCUUACUAUACAAAGUGUUGUCAAUGAGAGAGUUAUCAGCAUGUAUGAGAAAAUGGUGAAGUUUCAUGUCAUAUCACAUUACAAACUCCGUUCUUCUAUGAGCAAUCCCAUUAUUGCAUCAAUGCACCAUCUCAACAUGGAACAGCUCACAAAGACAUUGACAUCUCUAUUCAGUUUGUAUGACACAAAUCAAAGUUCAAAUAAUUUAUCUGAAAAUGAAGCUGAGUUCCGUUCAUUAUAUGUGCUUCUUCAUCUUGGUUCUUACAGCAAACCAACGGUUAAUCUCUAUAUCAUUGGUGUGGAGGAUUUGCUUUCUCUUUGGUUUGGCCAUCUCUCUACUUCAGUAUUGAAGUCAAAAGAAAUGUGCUUUGCUAGGAGUAUUUUGCGAUCUUUUCGUUUGGGAAACUAUAAGCAUUUCCUGUGUACCACUGCAGCGCAAGUGUCAUAUCUGCAGUACUGCGUUGUGGAGGCUUAUAUUAAUGAAGAUUUUCUAUGGCAAUCGUCCCCCUUCUCAUACCCUGGAAAGCAAUUCAUUGGCAGCAGCUAAAAUAGGCAUGGUCAACAGAACUAAGAUAAGAAGACAGGCAUAGUAAUUUAAUUUGGGGGCCCAAUGAAGUUUUCAGUUUAUCUACCAAAAACACACUCCUCUGGGUCUUCCUAUUUCUCAUAUGAAGUGUUGUAAGCCCUGAAAUUCACCUAUUGCAGAUUUGAACAUCUCAACUGGUUCAAACUUGAGACGUCUCUUGGCAAUACUAUGAUUUACCAACAAAUCAUCAGUCCAUGGGCUAAGUUACUAUACCCAUUGAAUUGCAAUGAAUUAAUUAUCAUAUAUGUUCUUUCUGUGAAUACAAACCACAUGUAGUGGCCCAGGAUAAAAGGCUGCUCUUAGAGAAACUCUAUUGUGCCGGAGAUCUUUCUCAAACAUAAAUACUCUCACGUUCCUGCUAUAUCCUUUGGAAAGCUGACCCUGAAUAUAUCGUCCUUGGGUUGCUGGGUAGUUUAAUCCUUUUUUCUUAGUCACAGUUACCUGGAUCUCCUCCCAACUUUAGGAUGAAAGGAAAGUUUUUGUUGUUUUUUUGGGCCCCCCUCCCCCCAGGGGGUUACUACGUUUUUCUUUUUGAUAAAGUGGAACCUUGACAGGGAUUCAGGGAGAGAAGGAGAAUAUGAUGGGUUCAUUACUGGCAUAUCCGGAAAAUUUUCCUGCUUCUCUGUUCCAGAUGACGUCUUUGCUCAGAAAUAACUUACGUCUGCCGAUCAUAAGCAUUAUAUCUGUUUUCCCACCAAUAUCUUAACCAGGAGUUUUUUUUUUUUUUUUUUUGGGGGGUGGUUAUUGAACUUUCU